UGCAAUUGGCUCUAACUGUUUAAAUCCUUCAAUAGUAACUGAACAUACCAAUAUUCCUGAGCCUUCAUCUUCACAAUCUUCCUUGUCUUCACAAUCUUUUUUAUCUUUGCAAUCUUUUUCGUCUUUGCGAUCGUUUUCUCUACCAACUGAAAAUCCAAAAGAUGAAGAAGAAGAGCAAUCAAGAUCUCUAUCUACAAAAAGAAAGAAUACUUUUUCCCGGCUUCUAAUAAACAAAGAAUCAUUGAAUCAAUUAAAAGAAGCGGAAAAAGAGACAAAAAAACUAGCUAGCGAGAAACAAUAUAAAAAAGAUGAGGCUCUUCAAAAAAAAACAGCAU